AUGAAACUAUUAAAAUUUCCUUUAGUAGUUCCUGAUGUCCAAUACAAAUCGUUAUGCAUAAUUGGCCCUCAUAUUAUUUUAGGAGGAACUAAUGGUCACGUGGAGGUCUGGAAACAUGAUUUAUUAAAUAAAGCAGCAUUUGUUCCAGAUGACAUUCCUAAUAUGGCUCCUUUAUUUCGAGGAGUCAUAUCUAAUACUACUCAACCAGUUAUCACACCGUCGGUCUCAGAUAUAUUGUUUCUUGGCGGAGAUGCAAAGAAUUUAUUUUUAGGAACAAAUAAUAAUGCCAUUUGUUAUAGACCUUGGCUGAAAAGUAUGAUACACAAUGCUGCUGAGACUAAAGAAGAAUUUUUUAAGGUAGAACCUAGUAGUAAAUUGCUGGAUAUGAAAUAUGAUAAGACACUAUCAAUUGUGUAUAUUCUGACAAGUAAACGUAUUGAUUCUUCAAGAUCUGAAGAGUCUAUUUAUUUAUUCAGUUCUAAAACCUUACAGAAACUCUCUGAAUUAAAACUCGAAGAUACUUCAAAUGCAAUUUCAUUAGUCAUUGAUUCCUUGGGCAAAUUUGUGUCGAUAUUGUAUUCAGAUCAUUCUGUCGGCUAUUAUAAAGUCAAUUCAAAAGGUCUAAUUAAAUUACUUUCUAAAUCAAAAGAUCAAUUUGAUGCUCAAAAUACACAUAAUAACAUUACUAUGAACCCUCAAGGUAAUUUAUUCCCGAUUUUUAACAAAAUUGAAAAUUCUGAUGGCUCUUUUGUUAGAAAGAUUCAACUUCUAGAUAGAAAUGAAGAUUUUGCUGUGAAACAUACACUUUCAUUACCAGCAUCAAUUAACAAUAUUGUAUUAAAAUUUUCUCCUGCUGUAUAUGAAAAGACAAAUAAAAAGGGUAUAAGAUCAAUUUAUAAUUUAUUGGCUACAUCUAGUGAUAUUGACGGUACUAUGAUAAUUUGGAAUACUAAAAGAUUUAAGCCAUUAUUUUCUGCCAUUAGUCUUUGUCCUUCGCCUCUAAAUGAUAUUAUUUGGACUGAUGAUGGUUUAACACUUUUUGCUGUUUCUGAUUUUGGUUAUUUAUAUACUUUUGCAUUUGAAAAAAAUGAUUUAGGUAGUACUAGCACCGAAAUUGAUUUAGAUAUUUUAAAAAAGAAGAACAAAAAAUUACCAUUUACUUCUACUAGAUUACAAAAGCCUUCUACACCUACACAAGUUGCAGAAAAUAAUAAGCAAUCUAUCCAACUUGAAACUAUUUCGGAAGGUAAUAGUCCUUCCAAAUCAAACUUAAACGUGGAAGAUAAAAACGUCAAAAAUAUUAAUAAUAUUGAACAAAAAGAUAUAGUAACAAAUACAACAGAGAAGAAAAGUAGAGUAGCUCCUGAAUCAAAAUUAGAAACAUUACCAGUCAAUCCUUCUCCACCCUCACUUAUUGACCGUUCGAAAGAUAUACCGAAGCCAGCAAGUAAUUCUAAUCAUAAUUCCAACCCACUUUCCAAAACUCUUACUGAAAAAGAUGCUACCACGGAGUCAAAGCCUAGUACUGAUGUAAUUUCACAAGUAAACCAGAAAGAGUCUACAAAUAAUGUUGUAGUAGUAAAAGACUCCAUUAAACCACUCAAAAAUGAUAAGCUCGAAAAGUCAAAAACCGCUUCUACAACUACCACCGCUUCUAAGAACAAGAAAAGUGCUUCAAAAUCAGACAUUAACUUACCCAAGCAGACUAAUCAAAAAGCAAAGCCUACUUCUAUAUCACCACAAAAGUCGAAAGCUACUGAACCAAAGCCAACAAAGACAAAACCAACUGUAGCCUCUGAUUUACAAGCAAAAACAGUUAAAACUGUCAAAAAAAUACAGCCUAUUAAGCUAGAAUCCUCAUCAAAAACAGGAAACUCUACUACGACGGAAAAUAGUAAAACGCUCGAUAAAGAUAAAGAACCAUCUACACAUAAGACAAUACCUAAAACUAAAGCUUCUAAAAGCAAACCAAAUAAUGUUGCCAAACCAAAUGGUACUGCCACAUCGGAAUUCAAUCCGCCAUCUUAUCAAGUACCUAAAGAUUUAAAACGUAAACCCAAGAAUGAAACUGACGGAAUAACUUCUCCUGUAAAAAAACAGAAACGUGAUUUAGAACCUAUAGAUUUUCUAGAUACUAGUUUAGUCUUUCCAGGUACAUCAUUUUCUCGUAUCAGAUUGGCUACACCAAGGAUAAAAAUGAAUAUUCAAUAUUCUCCUCCGAAUGAUAAUCAAUAUUUACUAGAGGUUAAGAAUGGUUUAGGUAAUGAACAUAAGCCAACAAUAGUUUCAUUAACUUACAAAAAAUCAGCGACUCAACUAUUUCAAGAUUUUAUUCCUAAACACAUAACUUUAUGUACGAGUGGUGAAUCAUUUUGGGCUUGUUGUACAUAUGAUGGUAUUAUUUAUGUGUAUUCUGAUACUGGAAAAAAACUUCUUCCACCAAUGAUACUAGGGGUUCCUUGCAGUUUCUUAGAAGCAUGCUCCGAUUUUCUAUUAUGUGUAACUAGUUUGGGACAGCUAUAUUGUUGGAAUAUUAAAGAAAAAAAGUUGCAUUUCCCAAUAAAUUCAGUAUACUCGUUAUUAAAUCCUGCGUUACGUUAUUCUGAUGAUGUCUUGACCAGAGCCGAAAAUAUCACACUUUGUGGUGUAACCAAAAAUGGUGUUCCUCUUGUAACACUUAGUGAUGGUGAUGGAUACAUGUUUGAUAAAAACAUGGAGACUUGGUUAUUAGUCAGCGAUAGCUGGUGGGCAUAUGGCUCACAAUACUGGGAUAUGAGCAAUUCUGUAACUUUAUCGUCUGAUGGCUCUCAUAAUGAUGAUGUUCAAAGAAAAGAAUCAACAAAAUCCCUAACGGCUGAUUUGCUGAAUAGCAUGAAGGACAAUCAUGAAAGUAUUGUUAGUUAUUUUGAAACUAAAACAAAUAAUGAAUUACAGAGAAAAGGUAGGAUCAAAAACCUACAAAGGCUAUUCAGAACUAUAUUAAUCAAGGAAGGGUUUGAAACUAUUGAAGAAGCGAUUACCUUAGCUCACUUAGAGAACAAACUUUUAAUUUCAUUAAGAUUAGAAGAAAAUGAAGAAUUCUCUAAGCUAUUAAUAUUGUAUUGUUACAGAUUAUCAGACUUAGGAUACACUGACAGAUUAGAAGAAGUUCUUCAAUGGCUAUUUGAUGAUGGUAAGUAUGCCAAAUCCAUGCUUGCUGGAAAAACAAGAGAGGAGCAUCUUAAGAAUAUUAUCCUGGCUUGUUCUGACAUAAGGCACAUUCAAAGGGUCACAACUAGCUAUGCUACAGCUCUAGGACUAGUUUCUGAUAUACUUUGA